AUGCCCAGCUGGCCCCUUGGGGUUCGGCUGGCCUCUUGGGACUCGGCUGGCCCUUUGGGUCACCCUCCUCCUCUCUUUUUAUAUGUAAUCUCUUCUAUAAACUCAAUUCAAGGAAUCUAAGCCUGUUAGGCUAUUGUCUAUCAAAAAGAUCCCAAGAACUUUGUGGCUGUUGGUAUUGUGCUUGACGAAGUUGAUGAGGCGGCAAAUGAAAAGGAAGGUGAUGGAAAGAUGGAGGACAUCGACUGCAAUCAUGACAUUCGGAUUCAUGAAGAUUUGGGCCAUGUGUGCCGUGUGUGUGGUAUGAUUGUGAGAAGAGCUGAUUCAAUAAUUGAUUAUCAGUGGAAAAAGCCUUCAAGGAGAAAAACAAAUUGCUAUGGAGGACAUUCUAAGGAUGCUGAUGAGAUAGACUGUGGUACUGUUAAACUGUCUGAAGAUUUCAUAAUUGCAGAUGUUGCUAUUCAUCCUAGACAUGCUCAGACAAUGAAACUGCAUCAGUUGGAAGGUUUCAACUUUUUGGUUAAGAAUUUGUUUGGAGACAAGCCUGGAGGUUGCAUUCUUGCUCAUGCCCCAGGUUCAGGGAAAACAUUUAUGCUUAUAAGCUUCAUUCAGAGCUUUAUGGCAAGGUAUCCAUCUGCAAGGCCCCUUGUUGUGCUGCCCAAAGGGAUACUAGGUACAUGGAAGAAAGAAAUUCAAAGAUGGCAAGUGCAGGAUAUACCAUUGUAUGAUUUCUACUCUGUUAAGGCUGACAAAAGAGUAGAACAGUUGCAAAUCCUCAAAUCUUGGGAAGACAAGAUGAGUAUACUGUUUCUUGGAUACAAGCAGUUCUCCACAAUUGUCACUGAUGAUGGGGGCAGCAACGUCACUGCUGCAUGUCGGGACAGGCUGCUUAAGGUUCCCAACCUUCUGAUACUUGACGAGGGUCAUACACAUAGAAAUCGGGAGACUGAUGUACUAGAAUCGCUAAAUGGAGUGGAAACACCACACAAAGUGGUUCUUUCAGGUACACUUUUCGAGAAUCACGUUGAGGAAGUAUUUAAUAUCUUGAAUCUUGUUCGUCCAAAGUUUCUCAGGAUGGAAUCAUCCUGUCCUAUUGCCAGACUUAUAAUGAGUCAAUUUGAGAUAUCUGGUAGAGGUUCAAAAGGGUUUGCUGAUGCCGCAUUCACUGAGGCAGUUGAAGGAACCUUGUUGAAUGAUGAAAACUUCAAGAGAAAAGCACAUGUUAUUAGAGGUCUUAGAGAACUAACAAAGGAUGUGCUUCACUAUUAUAAGGAGGUUAAUGCUGAGAACAGGGCUAACACCUUGAGAGAUGAUUUUGUUGAUAGUCUGCAGGAUUCUAUCAAUGUGAAAGAUGUUGAGAGAAAGUACUUGCUUUCAGUCAAUGAGUUUUUUUUUGAAAGGCUACUGGUUAAGAUGAAGGGCUGGCAUGUGGGGAAAGAGAUUUUUAUGAUCUCUGGUGAUACUAGUCAAGAAGACAGAGAAGUGGCAGUGGACCAUUUUAACAACUCUGCUGAUGCAAAAGUUCUGUUUGGUUCUAUCAAGGCAUGUGGAGAGGGCAUCUCCCUCGUCGGUGCAUCGAGAGUUGUCAUUCUAGAUGUACACCUGAACCCAUCUGUCACCCGUCAAGCGAAUGGGCGUGCAUUCAGGCCCGGACAGCGGAAGAAGGUGUUUGUAUACAGGCUUGUAGCUGCCGAUUCUGAUGAGGAAAAGGUCCAUGAGACAGCAUUCAAGAAAGAAGUCAUACCGAAGUUGUGGUUUGAAUGGAGUGAUCACUGUACUACGGAAGACUUCAAGCUUGGUCAAGUUGAUACUGAUGACUCUGGGGACGAACUAUUGGAUACUAAAGCAAUCCGCCAGGAUAUCAAAGUGCUGUAUAGAAGGUGA